CUCCCAUGGUCUCAUUAUCUUUUACUCCAUCCCCACACGCACCCCCUUUUAUAAACACUCUCUCUUUAACUCCUCCCAUCCUACCACCCACAUCCAUUCCUCCCUCCGUCCUGCUCGGCUGCUGGGCCUUCCUCUGCUCUGGCUCUGCUCAGGGGCCUAGUGCGCCGUGCGGUUGCAGUUGGAUCUGGUUCCUCAGUUCCUGACCCGAGGAAGAGCAGAUCUUCCUGGUGUUCUGUGUUCCGUUCCCUUCAAGCUGACGCAAAUGGAAUUGAUACAGUGAAGUGAAGGCAGUCAGAUUUUAAGAUGGAGUUAAAAGCUAGAAUAUUUACCGUGGCCAUGCUAGCCAUUGUGCUCUCCUCACCAGCAACUGCUCAGAAGAGUCCUCCUGCUCCAGCGACCUCAGUUCUUCCACCAGCUCCGGCACCAGCACCUGCGCCGCACCAUGUGGACCUUGCUGAUCUCUUCAGUGUGGCCGGCCCAUUCCACACCUUCCUGGAGUACCUGCAAAAGACCAAUGUCAUUGAGACCUUCCAGAACCAGGCAAACAACACCAAGGAGGGCAUCACCAUCUUUGUUCCCAAGGACUCAGCCUUCGCUGCACUGAAGAAGACCACAUUUGCCAACCUCACCCAGGACCAGCUCAAGUCCCUGCUCCUGUACCAUGCGCUCCCCAAGUACUACUCUCUGGCUGAGUUCAACAAGCUGAGCACCCUCAACCCGGUGGCCACCUGCGCUGGCUCACAAUACACUCUGAACCUCACCUACGACAUGGGCACCAUCCAAGUGAAGUCGAUGUGGUCCAAUCCAAAGAUCAGCAGCAGUGUGUACUCAACCCGCCCGGUUGCAGUGUACGAGGUCAACAAGGUUCUCCUGCCAAUGCAGAUCUUCAAGAGCAACCCCCCACUCGCUCCAGCCCCUGCUCCUGCCCCAGAUGCCAAGGCCUCUGAUGUCGCUCCCAGCCCAACCUCAGGGAAAGCAGCGAGCGCAAAGGCGAAGGCAGACGAGAAGAAUUCAUCAUAUCAAGUCGGUGUCAGCGUCCUUGCUUAUUUGGCCCUUGCUGUCUCAGGUGGUUUGAUGCUCUUCUGGUGAGAAUUGAAAAGUUCUGACCAUGUUAAAGCACAGGGUUCAGCUUAGCUUCCCCAUCUUCAAUGUUAUAUGGAUUUUCUGGAUUCAUUCUUUUGGACAUAUAGUAGGCAUUGUGUUAGGAUUGAGUUGUUGAGUGUUUGCACCAUAUACUUCUAUGAUUACUCCCCGUUGAUUCUCUGGCUUGAUGCGUGUACGGAGAAAGUAUUUCAUACUUGCCA